ACGUGCCUGCGGGUGCCAGCUCCGGGCCAAUGGACAGUGAGGACAGCCCCACCCAUCCCCCUCAGGAGGGGCAGGAUCGGCUUGGGCCCAGGAAGGUGCCCACUGCUGCUUAAGUGGCCACUGCUGCUGCUGCCCACCGGUUUUUGUUUGUUCCUAAGUCCUGGGGCCAUUUGUACUGUUUGUAAAGUACAGGCUGGAGAACCAAAGGGAACUGGGAGAGCUCCCAGACUGCUUGGCCCCCAGGAAAAGAAGUGGUUUGGGACUUACGGAGAAGAUGGGGAGCCCUGAGGAUGACCUGAUUGGGAUUCCAUUCCCAGACCACAGCAGCGAGCUCUUGAGCUGUCUCAAUGAGCAGCGCCAGCUGGGCCACCUGUGCGACCUCACCAUCCGGACGCAGGGCCUGGAGUACCGCACCCACCGGGCUGUGCUGGCCGCCUGCAGUCACUACUUCAAGAAACUCUUCACAGAGGGUGGCGGUGGGGCUGUCAUGGGCACAGGGGGCAGCAGCGCCGCCACUGGGGGAGCAGGCGCUGGCGUGUGUGAGCUGGACUUUGUGGGGCCUGAGGCGCUGGGAGCCCUUCUCGAGUUUGCCUACACAGCCACGCUGACCACCAGCAGCGCCAACAUGCCAGCGGUGCUGCAGGCUGCCCGGUUGCUGGAGAUCCCAUGCGUCAUCGCCGCCUGCAUGGAGAUCCUGCAGGGCAGUGGGCUAGAAGCCCCCAGCCCCGACGAGGAUGACUGUGAGCGAGCCCGCCAGUACCUGGAGGCCUUCGCCACAGCCACGGCCUCAGGAGUUCCUAACGGAGAAGAGAGCCCUCCACAGGCACCCCUCCCACCACCACCACCACCGCCACCGCCUCGACCCGUCGCCCGUCGAAGCCGCAAGCCCCGAAAAGCUUUCUUGCAGACGAAGGGAGCCCGGGCAAACCACCUAGUACCCGAGGUGCCCACAGUGCCCAUCCAUCCCUCAGCCUAUGAGGAGGAGGAGAUGGUGGCAGGCAGAGUAGGCAGCAGUGGGGGCAGUGGGCUAGGGGACAGCUACAGCCCUCCCCCUGGAACUGCCUCACCCUCUGAGGGGCCCCUGAGCUACGAGCCCUAUGAGGGUGAGGAAGAGGAGGAAGAGCUGGUCUAUCCUGGUGCCUAUGGGCUGGUGCAAGGUGGCGGACCCCCGCUGUCGCCAGAGGAGCUGGGCUCAGAUGAGGAUGCCAUCGAUCCUGACUUGAUGGCCUACCUAAGUUCCCUGCACCAGGACACCUUGGCCCCAGGCCUGGAUGGCCAGGACAAGCUGGUGCGCAAACGCCGUUCCCAGAUGCCCCAGGAGUGCCCAGUCUGCCACAAGAUCAUCCACGGGGCUGGCAAACUGCCACGUCAUAUGAGGACCCACACGGGCGAGAAGCCUUUUGCCUGUGAGGUCUGUGGCGUCCGUUUUACCCGGAAUGACAAGCUGAAGAUCCACAUGCGGAAGCAUACAGGAGAGCGCCCCUACUCGUGCCCACACUGCCCAGCCCGCUUCCUGCACAGCUACGACCUCAAGAACCACAUGCACCUGCACACAGGGGACCGGCCCUAUGAGUGCCACCUGUGCCACAAGGCUUUCGCCAAGGAGGACCACCUGCAGCGCCACCUCAAGGGCCAGAACUGCCUGGAGGUGCGCACCCGGCGGCGCCGCAAGGACGAUGCUCCACCCCACUACCCACCACCCUCAGCCACAACCCCAUCCCCUGCUGGCCUCGACCUCUCCAAUGGCCACUUGGACACCUUCCGUCUCUCUCUGGCUCGGUUCUGGGAGCAGUCAGCCCCAACUGGGCCUCCAGUCUCCACCCCGGGGCCCCCUGAUGAUGAGGAGGAGGAGGGGGCACCCACUACGCCUCAGGCUGAAGGUGCCAUGGAGUCCUCUUAAAGAGGGAUGGGCUGGAGCAGCAAGGCCAGAGACACCCAUGCCAAGCAGUGGGAGCACACAGGACUGAGUUGGGUCAGGGUCACUGAGGCUUUAUGCCUCAGUAAUCAAACCCUGCUCCCCCCCCCCCCAAGCCCUCAUUCCAGUUCCAAGCUGAGAAAGUUUGGGGGCAGAUGCUCCCCAGAUUGGGGUGAUCUCCCAAGGAGUGAUACAUAAGAUAUUAUGUAUAUAUUUACAGCUCUAUUUGUAAAGGUGGGGUCCCUGUCUUCAGCUGCUCCUGGGGAGUAGACGCAAUAAUGUAUUUCUGAUUUGUGGGGUCCC